CGCGGAGCCAGUGCAGUGUCACCAUUAACUAGUUCUCGCCCCAUCUUUCUUUUUCUUUCUUUUUUGACGUGACCAGCGAGAAAAAUGGUGAAGGUUAAGUGCUCCGAGCUGAGGACCAAGGACAAGAAGGACCUCACCAAGCAGUUGGAUGAGCUGAAGAAUGAGCUGCUCAGCCUGCGCGUGGCCAAGGUGACCGGCGGAGCUCCCUCGAAGCUCUCCAAGAUCCGCGUUGUCCGCAAGGCCAUCGCCCGCGUCUACAUCGUGAUGCACCAGAAGCAGAAGGAGAACCUGCGCAAGGUCUUCAAGAACAAGAAGUACAAGCCCCUGGAUCUGCGCAAGAAGAAGACCCGCGCCAUCCGCAAGGCCCUGUCGCCCCGCGACGCCAACCGCAAGACGCUCAAGGAGAUCCGCAAGCGCUCCGUCUUCCCGCAGCGCAAGUUCGCCGUCAAGGCCUAGGAUCCACGAUCUGCGAUCUGUCUGUCUAGUGUGCGUUAAGGGUUCCUCGGUUCUUCGGUUCCAUGGAGAAGAAAACAAAUAAAACCUUUUUUUUAAAGUGAAAAAA